AUGGGUGGGAUAAUGGGAGGAAAGUGUUUCCCAUUUGCGAUUCAAGUGUUAAGAGGCAGAUGGUUCACUAUUUUCGCCUCCUUGAUGAUCAUGUGCGGGGCUGGAACAACCUACAUCUAUAAUCUCUACAACAAAGAGAUUAAAGUUCUUGGAUAUGACGAAGCUGCAAUGAGUAAAAUAGCUUUCUACAGAGAUGUUGGAUCAUGCCUGGCGAUUUUCAACGGCCUCAUUAUUGAGGUGACACCAACAUGGCUCGGGUUCCUCCUCGGCGCCGCCAUGAACUUCGGCGGCUAUUUCAUGAUAUGGCUUGCUGUCAUGGGCUGGAUUCCCAAGCCAGCUCUUUGGCACAUGUGCCUUUAUAUUGCGGUGGCAACCAAUGCUCCCAACUUUUCCGGCACGCUAGGUAUUGUCAAAUCCGUACAGAACUUCCCGGUGAGCCGUGGCGUUGUUAUAGGUCUACUAAAAGGUCUUGUUGGGCUUGGCGGAGCUGUCAUAACCCAAAUUUACCAUGGUAUAUAUGAAAAUGAUUCAAAAGGACUUGUUCUUCUCUGUGCAUUACUCCCAACUGCAGUAUCACUCCUGUUUAUGUUCACAAUCCGAAAUCUGAAGAAAGGAAGGCAACCAAACGAGCUGAGGGUGUUCUUGAAUUUCUUUUAUUUAACUAUCGUGCUUGCACUUUUUCUCAUGGUCAUGACUUUGCUUGAGAAAUAUAUUAAUCUCACCGCAGCAGUCCAUUCAAGAAGUGCCAUCGCAGUUGUUAUCAUACUUUUCCUCCCGCUCCUUCUCGUCAUUAAAGAAGAGGUUACCAUCUGGAAAGUUAACAAACAGUCACCAACGAAUGUCAAUAUUGUUCCUCCUACUGAUCAGCUGGUAACCGUUGAGAAACAUCCUCAGCUAGAAGAGAAAUCCGAGCAAAAAGAAACACCUUGGUUUGCAAACAUCUUCAACAAACCAGAAAGAGGAGAAGACCACACCAUCUUGCAAGCAAUUCUAAGCAUCGACAUGUUCUACAUCUUCCUCGUUACUUUAUGCGGAUACGGUUCGGCCUUGACAUCCUUUGAACAAUUACGACCAAUUGGAAUUGCACUCAAAUAUCAUGAACGACUUGUCGGAUCCAUCAUCACACUAGCAAGUGUGUGGAAUUAUUAUGGGAGGGUUUACUCUGGUUUCGUCUCUGAACUUCUGCUUAUGAAAUGGAAGCUUUCUCGGUCGAUCAUGAUGUCGGUUGUUCUUCUCAUGCAUGGCAUUGGCCUACUCCUCGUCGCCUUCCCUGAAAUCCCGGGGGCAUACUACGUGGCAUCGGUUAUCAUUGGAUUCACACUUGGCGCACAAGUCCCAAUAAACUUGGCAAUGAUUUCCGAGUUAUUUGGCCUCAAGUACUUCGCUACAUUGCUCAACUGUGCAUCACUCACAACACCUCUUUGGGUGUAUUUGAUGAAUACAAAGCUUACAAAAACCCUUUACGCAAGAGAGGCAGCCAAGGAUCUGCCUCAGGGAGUUGAUCCAGCAACCGUGAAGGAUCUGAGUUGCUCGGGGCACCAUUGUUUCAGGGUUUCCUUCUCCAUUUUGGCUUCCAUUGCAUUCAUAGGAGCUAUAAUCUCUCUUCAGUUCGCAAGGAGAACGCGGGAAUUUUACAAAGGUGACAUAUAUAAGCGGUUUAGAGUUCAAAGAUUUAGUAGGGGUGAUACAUAUAAGAGGUUUAAUGGUGAAACAUAUAUGAAGUUUGAAGAUGGAGUAAAGGCCCCAAAGACAGAGAUGGAUCAAUCAUCCUCUAAUAAGGCUCCAGGGAGUGCACAAAGAUGGGAGGGAUAG